AUGAGCUCGCGGGUGCGAGAUUUCGGCUCCACGGCUAGGCCGCGACUGGCCCCCUCUUUGCCUCGGCAGCUGGUACAGGACGAGAACGUGCGCGGGGUGAUCACCAUGAACGAGGAGUACGAGACGAGGUUUCUGUGCAACUCCUCGAAGGAGUGGAAAAAAGUUGGAGUUGAGCAGCUGCGGCUCAGCACAGUCGACAUGACUGGAAUCCCAACCUUGGUUAACCUCCGCAGAGGAGUCCAGUUUGUUCUCAAGUACCAGUCGCGGGGUCAGAGUGUCUACGUGCAUUGUAAAGCUGGGCGCUCCAGGAGCGCUACUAUGGUGGCAGCGUACCUGAUUCAGGUGAACAACUGGAGUCCAGAGGAGGCUGUAAAAGCUAUCAGCAAGAUCCGGUCACACAUCCACAUCAGACCCGGCCAGAUGGAAGUUCUCAAAGAGUUCCACAAGGAGAUUACUGCAAAGGCAGCGAAGGGGGGAACUUAUCACACAUCACAGACAUGAAACACAUGCAAAGAAAGAAGACAAUCCUGCUUGCUACAGAAAAAGUUGUUAACAGGACCGUGGGAGCUUAAGCUCAGACUUGACAUUGCAGAAGUUGCUAAGUAACGGAUAAUUGUCCUCCCUUGUCUUGUUUCAUUUUUCUGAAAUAACACUGUUGUGUGGUUAGAAAAGAUUAGCGUGGCUUCACUUCAUCGGGUAUAAAGAGGUAGGGAAACGACUUAUUAAAUAGGGUCAAAUAAAUCUAUUGCACACCUACCAUGGUUCAUAAUGGUAUUUAGCACCAUAAUUAAAAGCAUGCAACACCAGGAAAAGAGAGGGGGCAUGCUUGGCUUUGGCUUGCUGCCCGCGUGCCAGCUA